AAGCCCGCACCCCAAUUCUGAACCUAACUCCAAAAAGAAUUUAUUAGUAUCAUAGUCCCAACAGCUAGACACGUGGCCCUCUUACCCUUGAUCGGAAAAUUUUUCAGUACCGAACGAUACAACGUGGUAUUAGCUCGCGCAUCCAAACCGUUGAUUGCGUGUUCUUGCCCACAUUUCUCACCUGUUUGCGAUCAGUCCCACUACUGCUACUUCUUUUCUUUAACUACUCCAACAAAUCUCUCUCUCUCUCUCUCAAAUCUCAAUAUAGGAGUAUUUAUACACACACAUAUGCAAUCAGUUCAAGAGUAUUUGCUAUCCACUACUUGAUCUCCUCUCUUUGCGAGUUUGCUCAGUCUUUUUAAUCUCUAGCUCCCAUGGCGUCUUUCUUCUGUUCUGCCAAAUUUUUCCUCCUCCUCCUGGUCAUAUCGGCGGUCCCCAUCGCGUACCUCAUAUCCCUGGAAACAGCGAAACCAACAUCCCACGUGUACCACUACCACAGCACCGGAUGGUUCAGGGAGGGCGCAAAGUGGGACGAUCUCAACACUCGCUUCCUCGUCUCUUUCAUGGAGGGGGGUGUGGGCCAGAUCCGGGUGCCCGACGACUACUCUCCGGGUACGGUACUGGAGGAAGUUCGGGUAGUCACGGACGUUGACUUGGCCGGCAACGCCUCUCUGGGUCUCGUCGUCGACCCCCCUAGGAAUCGUUUGUUGGUGGCGAUCGCCGACGUGUUUGGUAAUCGCUACGGUGCAGUCGCGGCGUAUGAUUUGACCACGUGGGACCGAUUGUUUCUUACUCAACUCAGUGGCUCAGGAGAUGGAAAAACUUUUGCAGAUGAUGUAACGGUGGAUGCAGUGGGCAACUCGUAUAUCACUGAUGCCCAAGGAAACAAGAUUUGGAAGGUUGGGGUGAAUGGAGAGUUCCAAUCAACCAUUACAAGCCCACUCUUCAUUCCAAAAGAGUGGUACAAAAACAUAGUCGGCCUUAACGGGAUUGUUUAUCAUCCUAACGGGUAUUUAGUAGUAAUCCACACUUUCUCUGGUAAUUUGUUCAAGGUUGAGAUAGAGAAGGGAGAUGACGUGAAGUUAAUUGAGGUGGAAGGGGGCCCACUUUCAUUUGGAGAUGGUUUAGAGCUAUUAUCUCCGACAAGGCUCGUGGUUGCUGGAAACCCUUCGAGACUGGUUGAAAGUUCCAAUGAUUGGGAGACUGCCAAGGUGAUAGGCAAGUCCAAGGGGCAGAGCCAUCGAUUAGUAACGGCUGCAACGGUGAAGGAUGAAAAAGUGUAUUUGAACCACAUUCUGGGGUUGGGUUACCCUAGGAGAAAGCACGUCUUGAUGGAGGCAGUUUUUGAUAGUUAGAUUGAGGCAAGAUGCCAUGAUCGAUUCUUAAUUCGAUUAUGGUUAGGAUUGUUUGUUGUGUUUAUUAAGGUUGUGUAGUGUGCAAGCGCAAGGUUCAGAAUAUAUCCUCUACUCAACAAGUCUUUGUUUUAUACGGAGUACUAUAUUAUAUUAAACAUUUCGGUUUUUUCAUUUUCCCCCACUUUUGUGAGUCCUGUAUUUGGUGAAGUAUGGUGUUGGCCUUUUGAAUAAAAUUUGUUGCUUCUGCAA